CCCCCUCCCCCUUUUCACUUCCUUAACCCUGUAAGCUAUCUCUUCUUCUCUCACUUUCCCCCAAUUCGGUACCAAAAAGCUAAAGCAAAAGCCAAAAUCACCACAAAAAGUCCAAAAUGCACAUUCAAAGGAUCCACCACAUAUAUACCUACUUCACACACCGAUUCCAAACUGAAUCUCAAUCACACUUCUAUUAUCAUUAUUGCAACACAUGUCGUUUCAAUUGCAACAACAUCACUGUUGUUGUUGUUGUUGUUGAGAUUGAAGUGAGAAUUGAACUUUUAUUGGCGGUUGUUGUUAGUGAUGGCGAGUACGAGUGGAACGAAAGAUGUAGGUUUACCGAGGAGGAUGCCGAGGAGUUCUGUUAUGAUUGAUAAGUAUGCGGAUGAUAACGCUUAUGUUGACAGUGAGCUUGUGCCGUCUUCCCUUGCUUCGGUUGCUCCGAUUCUUCGUGUUGCUAAUGAGCUGGAGAAGGAUAACCCUAGGGUUGCUUAUUUGUGCCGGUUUCAUGCAUUCGAGAAGGCACACAGGAUGGACGAUAAAUCUACUGGACGUGGUGUUCGCCAGUUCAAGACGUAUUUGCUGCAUAGACUUCAAAAGGAAGAAGUAGAGACGAAACCUCAAUUAGCAAAAAGUGAUCCUAGAGAAAUCCAGAAAUACUACCAAAAUUUCUAUGAGAAAAAUAUCAGAGAGGGUCAAUUUACAAAGAAACCUGAGGAGAUGGCUAAGAUGUAUCAGAUUGCAACGGUCUUAUACGAUGUAUUGAAAACAGUGGUACCUGAUACAAAAGUUGAACCUGAGACUCAAAGAUAUGCGGAAGAUGUAGCGGAGAAAAAAGAACAAUAUGUACACUAUAACAUUCUUCCUAUAUAUGCUGUUAGCGUUAAACCAGCAAUUAUGGAGCUUCCUGAGAUUAAAGCGGCUCUACGGUCUCUCCGGAAUGUGGAUAAUCUUCCGCUUCUUAGAAAGCCCGAGGAUAGCGACAAAGCCGUUAAUGAUAUACUCGAGUGGCUAUCUUCAAUAUUUGGAUUUCAGAAAGGAAACGUUGCAAAUCAACGAGAACAUUUAGUAUUGCUACUUGCAAAUAUCGAUACAAGGUCCAAGAGUUCAGAAUAUUGUGAGGAGUUGAAUAGCCACACAGUACAAACAUUAAUGGAUAAAUUUUUCAAGAACUAUAGCUCAUGGUGUGAUUAUUUGCACUGCACGUCAAACCUCAAGUUUGAACCUGGUAUCGAUAGGCAGCAGUUAGAACUUCUAUACAUUGGGCUCUAUCUACUUAUUUGGGGGGAAGCUUCAAAUAUCCGUUUCAUGCCUGAAUGUAUUAGCUAUAUUUUCCACAAUAUGGCGAAUGAAAUGCAUGGAAUUUUGUUUGCUAAUGUGGAACAUGUAAUCGGGGAGACAUAUCAAGCGGAAGCAGUUGGAGAAGAAUCAUUUCUGCAGAAUGUUGUGUUGCCUAUUUACGAGGUUAUGCAUGAGGAAGCCAUGAGAAAUCGAGGUGGCAAAGCAAGUCAUUCUUCUUGGAGAAACUAUGAUGAUCUUAACGAAUACUUUUGGUCUGAAAAAUGCUUUAAACUAGGGUGGCCAAUGGACCGUGAUUCGGACUUUUUUGCUAGCCAUGAUGAUAAAUUUCAAGAACAACAACAACCACCCGAUAAAUUGCAGGAACCCGAGGAGCGCAGCAGUGUCAUAUCUGGAAAGAGGAUACCUAAAACAAAUUUUGUUGAACUGCGAACAUUUUUGCACCUUUAUAGGAGUUUCGAUCGAAUGUGGAUGUUUCUUAUAUUAGCUUUUCAGGCUAUGCUAAUUAUUGCAUGGCAUGGGGAUGGAUCAAUUUUUGGAAUUUUUGAGGAUGAUGUGUUUGAGAAUAUUCUGAGCAUAUUCAUUACUUCAGCCGUCCUUAACUUUUUUCAAGCUUCUUUAGAUACAAUCCUUAGCUACAACGCUUGGAGGAGCUUAAAAAACACUCAAAUACUUCGUUAUCUUCUCAAACUUACUGUUUCCGCCUUUUGGGUAGUGAUCCUACCCAUUGGAUAUUCGAGAUCCGUUCAGAACCCAACAGGAGUUGUGCGGUUUUUCAGUAAUUUGGGAGGAAAUCAAAGGGAACAGUCGCUUUAUUACUGUCUUGUUGCAAUUUAUUUGGCACCAAAUGCAUUGUCUGCAUUGCUGUUUCUGCUCCCACCCUUGAGGAGAUAUAUGGAGCGUUCUAAUUGGCGUGUAAUUGUCCUUCUCAUGUGGUGGGCCCAGCCGAAGCUCUAUGUUGGAAGAGGCAUGCAUGAAGACAUGUUUUCCCUUUUGAAGUACACACUGUAUUGGAUGCUGCUGUUAGUAAGCAAGUUUUCAUUCAGCUACUAUGUGGAGAUAUUGCCACUGGUUGCACCCACAAAAGCAAUUAUGGAAAUGAAAAUUAGCAUAUAUGAGUGGCACGAGUUCUUUCCAAAUGUGACUCAUAAUAUUGGUGUUGUUAUCGCUAUUUGGGUUCCAAUUAGCAUGGUUUAUUUCAUGGAUGCACAGAUAUGGUAUGCAAUAUUUGCUACCAUAAGUGGUGGAAUCUAUGGUGCUUUCAGCCACUUGGGUGAGAUUCGAACACUUGGGAUGCUGCGGUCUCGAUUUGAUUCAGUCCCUGCAGCUUUCUAUGAACGCCUUGUACCAAUGCAGAAAGAAGAACUCGAAAAAGAUCCACUGGAAGAUGAUCAAUUGGUAAGAAAGAACAUUGCAAAAUUUUCACAAGUGUGGAACGAGUUCAUAUUUUCAAUGCGAAUGGAGGACUUAAUCAGCAACAGGGAGAGAGAUCUACUCCUUGUACCAUAUACAACAAGAUUUGUCUCCGUUAUCCAAUGGCCACCGUUCCUGCUAGCCAGCAAGAUCCCGAUUGCAUUAGACAUGGCGAAAGAUUUCAAAGGGAAGGAAGAUGCAGACCUCUUUAAGAAGAUCAAUAACGAUGAUUACAUGUACUCCGCAAUUAUCGAGUGUUACCAAACACUAAAGGAUAUAUUAUUGAAUCUUCUUGACGAUGAAUGGGACAAAAGGAUCAUACGCCAUAUAUGCCGUGAAGUAGAUAGUAGCAUUCAGCACCGAUCGUUCUUAAGUACAUUUCGUAUGAGUGGAUUGCCUUCACUCAAUGAUAAGUUGGAGAAAUUCUUAAGUCAUCUUCUAACUGAUUAUGAUAAUAAGGAGAAAUACACAUCCCAAACUAUUAAUGUACUUCAAGAUCUUAUGGAGAUUAUCAUACGCGAUGUUAUGAAGAAUGGGCCCGAAGUAGUUGAAAGAGCGUAUUCACAUCGCCAGAACAAUGACAAAAAGGAGAGAUUUGAACUUAUCAAUAUCGAACUCACUCAAAUAAAAUCUUGGAAGGAGAAGGUGGUGAGGCUUCAUUUGCUUCUCACUGUAAAAGAAUCUGCAAUUAAUGUGCCUAUGAAUCUAGAGGCCCGCAGGCGUAUCACUUUCUUUACAAACUCCUUGUAUAUGAAAAUGCCAAACGCUCCAAAAGUUCAUAAUAUGAUGUCAUUUAGUGUGUUGACGCCAUAUUAUAACGAAGAUGUUCUAUAUUCUGAAGAGGAGCUUCAUUUGGAAAACGAGGAUGGAAUUUCAAUUUUAUUUUAUCUUCAGAAGAUAUAUCCCGACGAAUGGCAAAAUUUUGAGGAACGGGUUAGAAAUCCGAAAUUAAAAGCUACUGAAGAAGACAGAAAAGAAGCAACACGCCAAUGGGUUUCUUACAGAGGACAGACACUUUCAAGAACAGUUAGAGGAAUGAUGUACUACAAGGAAGCACUUGAGCUUCAAUGCUUUCUAGACUCUGCUCACGACAACGAAAUUUUUACUGGCUACCGAACAGUUGGCAAGGCUCACAAAGAACACGCACAAGCACUGGCAGAUUUGAAGUUUACAUAUGUUGUUUCCUGCCAGAUGUACGGUGCUCAGAAGAAAUCAAGUGACCAUAGAGACCAAAGUUGUUAUGCCAACAUACUUAAUCUAAUGCUUAAAUAUCCAUCUUUACGUGUGGCUUAUAUAGACGAGAGAGAGGAUACCAUUAACGGGAAUUCUAAGAAGGUUUACUACUCUGUUCUGGUCAAGGGUGGGGAUAAAUUAGAUGAGGAAAUAUAUCGUAUCAAGCUUCCUGGUCCACCUACAGAGAUUGGUGAAGGAAAGCCCGAAAAUCAAAAUCAUGCAAUUAUUUUCACUCGUGGGGAAGCCCUGCAGACUAUUGACAUGAAUCAGGAUAAUUACUUUGAGGAAGCAUUCAAAAUGAGAAACGUUUUGGAGGAAUUCUAUAGAGAUCAUCAUGGCGAACGCAGACCAACUAUUCUCGGAUUGAGAGAACAUAUUUUUACCGGAAGUGUGUCAUCACUCGCAUGGUUCAUGUCCAAUCAAGAGACAAGUUUUGUGACAAUUGGUCAAAGGAUUUUGGCUGACCCUCUGAGGGUGCGGUUUCAUUACGGUCACCCAGAUAUAUUCGACAGAAUCUUCCACAUAACAAGGGGUGGUGUAAGUAAAGCUUCAAAGGUUAUCAACUUAAGUGAGGACAUAUUUUCAGGUUAUAAUUCGACUCUGCGAGGGGGUUACGUGACACAUCAUGAAUAUAUUCAAGUUGGAAAAGGUCGUGAUGUCGGUAUGAAUCAAAUAUCUUUAUUCGAAGCCAAAGUCGCAAACGGAAACGGUGAACAGACACUUAGUCGAGACGUUUACAGAUUGGGCCGACGGUUCGACUUUUACAGAAUGUUGUCAUUCUAUUUCACCACAGUUGGUUUCUACUUCAGUAGCAUGAUUACCGUACUUGUGGUGUACGUAUUCUUAUACGGACGAACGUACAUGGUUUUAAGCGGGCUCGAAAGGAAGAUCAUGGAGAACGCAGCUAUCGAUAGCAACCGCGUUUUAGAACAAGCGUUAGCCUCACAAUCCGUUUUUCAACUCGGGUUACUUUUAAUACUUCCAAUGGCAAUGGAAGUCGGUUUAGAAAGCGGAUUUCGUCGGGCCCUCGGUGAUUUCAUAAUAAUGCAACUUCAAUUAGCCUCUGUAUUCUUCACUUUCCAACUCGGAACCAAAGUGCAUUAUUUCGGAAAAACAAUUUUACACGGGGGUUCAAAGUACCGAGCUACGGGUCGUGGGUUCGUUAUCUUUCACGCCAAGUUUACGGAUAAUUACCGAUUAUAUUCACGAAGCCAUUUUGUGAAAGGGAUUGAGUUGGGUAUGUUAUUGGUUAUAUAUCAAGUUUACGGGGAAUCAUACCGGAGUUCUGAGUUAUAUCUGUUUAUUACUUUUUCGAUAUGGUUUUUGGUUUCGUCAUGGUUGUUUGCUCCGUUUGUUUUUAAUCCUUCGGGAUUCGAUUGGCAAAAAACGGUUGAAGAUUGGACUGAUUGGAAACGAUGGAUGGGUAAUCGCGGUGGGAUUGGAAUCGCGCAGGAUAAAAGUUGGGAAUCGUGGUGGGAUUUUGAACAAGAGCAUUUGAAACAUACGAAUAUACGAGGGAGAAUUAUGGAAAUUGUACUUAGUUUACGGUUUUUUAUUUAUCAGUAUGGACUUGUGUAUCACCUUAAUAUAGCUCGUGGCAGCAGAAGUAUACUGGUUUAUGGACUUUCUUGGUUGGUUAUGAUAACUGCUCUUCUUGGCUUGAAGAUGGUCUCAAUGGGCAGACGAAGAUUUGGGACCGAUUUUCAACUUAUGUUUCGGAUCUUAAAGGCUCUUCUGUUCCUAGGAUUCUUAUCAACUGUGACUGUCUUAUUUGUUGUAUGUGGGCUCACUUUAAGUGACAUAUUUGCUGCUUUACUUGCCUUCUUGCCAACGGGCUGGGCCUUUCUCCUCAUUGGUCAAGCAUGCAGGCCAUGUGUGAAAGCUAUAGGAUUAUGGGACUCGAUAAUGGAGAUGGGGCGCGCAUACGAGUGUGUAUUGGGGCUCGUGAUAUUUAUGCCGAUUGUUAUAUUAUCAUGGUUCCCGUUUGUAUCCGAGUUCCAGACAAGGCUUUUGUUUAAUCAAGCAUUCAGCAGAGGCUUGCAGAUCUCAAUGAUUCUUGCAGGGAAGAAAGACAAGACUAUGUCUGCUUGAACAUAAUUUUGGUUUUACUUGUAAAUUGUAAUUAUUUAUAUAUACUCUAACUAGGUUAGUUCCCCGUGUGUUACACGGGUUGAACAAUCUAAACUAUAUAAUAAAUAUUUCUUGUAAAUGCAAACCAAAGAUUGAGACGUUUAUAUACCAAAUUGAUAUAAAUAAGUUAAUAUA